AUGGGUAGGAAACCCGUCUCCUCCUCCGUCUCCUUCUUCGCUCGAUCUCUCCCAUUUCUAACUCCGAUUCCUCGUCACCACCGCCCUCAGGUUAGGGCUUUACACCCACUUCCUCUUCCCUCCUCCUCUUCACCUGCAACGAUACGCCCCUUCUCUACUUCAACGGUCCCUUCUUCUGCUUCUUCUGAUGAAGGACCGAGUUCGAUUUCGGCGUCCGAAACCGAGAUUAGGAGCGAAAUACACAUGGAUUUUGUUGCAAAAGCGUACUCUGGGAUUGGGAAAUCGGUGAUUUCCAAGUGCUCUUACCUUUGGGAGGAGAAAGCGGAGACCUUUACGGAGAAAUCCUCUUUGCGAGAUGUUCUGAAAAUGGGGCUAAACCUGUCGCCGGAGACGAUUCGGUGUUUCUGGCGUGUUCCGGAACUGAAGCCGGAGGGUUUCCUCGAGAUAUUGCUGGGUUUUGGAUCAGAUGUGAAUUUGAGAACAGUGGAUUUCUUAUGGAAUUUGUUCAAGUGGGCUGAGAGGCAAAGCAGCGAAUUCCGUCAUCUUCAAAAAUCUUAUGAGAUCAUGGUUUCGAUGCUUAUAAAAGCUCCGAUGCUCGAAGAAGCCGAAUCCUUACUUCUAUCAGUGGAGGUGAGUAGAGUGUUCUCUGAUGCUAGUGUUAUGUUUAGUGAGAUCAUCCAGGGUUACACUGAGGCCUGUAAAUUGGAUAAUUCGAUGGCUUUGUAUGAUUUGGCAAGAGAUAAGGGUUUAAUUCCAUCCGGGUCAUGUUAUCAAGCUCUUCUUAGAUUUUUUAUCAGAAAAGGGAAAGUUGAAGCAGUUUUAAGAGUUUAUAUGGACAUGCUGGAGUUUGGAUUGGGCUCAUAUUCCGAAGAACAUGCCCUUCAUUUUGUUAUUUUGGAGUUGACAAAGAAAGGCAAGAUUGUUGAUGCUUUAAGCAUAAUUAGAAGGGUAAAAAAUUCUGGGGUUGAAGCUUCCCGUGGAGCUCUUUCUGCGAUUGCUGAAGGGUUUUGUCAGAAAAAAGAUUUUAAUGAUAUGCUGAACUUUUUGGAAGAGUGGAGGCACAUCCCUGAAGUAUCAGUUUGCAACAAAAUUGCUGCUUCUUUGUGUGCAAAUCUUGGUACUCAAGAGUCAUGGUUAUUUGUGCAAAAAAUGGAGAUUUUAGGGUUUAUCCCAGAUUCUAUAACCUUUGGAACUUUUAUCUGCCAAAGUUGUAGAGAGGGGAGGUUGCGAGAUGCGUUCAUUUAUUUAUCAGAAUGCUUCUCUAGAAGUGUAGAACCAAAAGCUUAUGCAUACAAUGCUCUUAUUAGUGGAGUUUUUAAAGAAGGUUUGUAUAGACAUGCUAAGUAUGUCUUCGAUGACAUGGUUGAAAGAGGGUUGAUUCCAGAUCUCUCAACAUUUAGGAUUCUAUUGGCUGGAUAUUGUAAACAUAGAAAAUUUGACGAAAUUGAACAGGUCCUUAGUGACAUGAAUAAUUAUAGUGUAAAUUCGCUUGCUCCUGUGGAGUGUGCACUCUCCAAGGCCUUAACGUUUUUGGGCUUGGAUUAUUUGGGGGUGAAAGUAAAGAGGGACAAUGAUGUCGGCCUUCCAAAGGCUGAAUUUUUUGAUUCUGUGGGCAAUGGAUUAUAUCUAGAAACUGAUUCCGAGAAGUAUGAAACUUUGUUAGAUGAGAUUAUUGAUACUGGGAUGGUUCCAGAUUUCGAUUCUGCAAUUAUCACGGAAUGCAAGCAUGGCAAUAUAGAGAGUGCACUCGAGUUGAAAGAUGAAGUUAUUCAAUGGGGGAAGAAAAUCGCUCUAGCUACCUACUCAGAGUUACUGAAAAGACUAUGUGCGAUCCCAUCACGCGUAAAAGAAGCGAUGAGUCUCGUGGAACAGUUUCCAGAGUUUCUGAAUCAGCUUGAUUCUGAAACACUCAAUUUGCUUGUACGAACAUUAAGCAAGAAUGGAAUGGUGGUUAGUGCGAGGUUAAUUUUGGAACAAAUGCUCAGGAAAGAGCUUCUUGUUGAGAGGGAUACUUACACUUGUUUGUUAAUGAACUUAUGUGAAGAAAGGAACACAGUUGGGUUUUGGGAAUGCUGGGAGCAGGCAAAGAGAAGCAAUUGGUCACCAACGAGGAAGAAAAUUAUUGUUAUUAUAAGUUGCCUGUGCAAACAGGGAAUGAUUAAAGAUGCUCUAGAGCUAAUCGAUGGCAUAGUGAACCACUCUCCAGAAUUGGUCAUUGGUGGCUAUAGUGGACUUAUUAAAGAAUUAUGUAUGAUGGGCUACACAAGUGUAGGGUGUGCAAUGAUGGAAGCAGUCCUUGAGAUGGGUUUGAACUUGGACAAUGUAAACUUCGUGAAUCUAAUCAAAGGGUUUCUAAAGGAACAGAAGGUUUCUGAAGCACUUGGACUAUUUGAUAUUUUGCUCAAUAAGAACACAACAAUCAGUGCAGAUUUAUAUCAACUUAUGUUGCCUAAAUUAUUAAGAUUUGACAAUGUUGAAAGAGCAAUUGGUCUGGCACAAUAUGUACAACGUAAGCAACUGGGAUAUGGCACUUCUAUUUAUAGCAACUUGGUGGAGGAGUUAUGCAGGAUAGGAAAAACAAAAGAUGCCAUAUUCAUUUUGCAAGAAAUGCUUGUCAAUAAGAUGCCAUUAGAUAAAAAUAUGCUGAAUGCCUUACUACAAAGCUAUUCUCAAGAAAACAAUUGGAGAAAGGCACAGGAAGUUCUAUGUAUUAUGGUGAGGAUGCAUACUAACCUUUCUAUUUCAGGCUAUCGAAGUCUUUUAUGGCAAUUUGGCAUGCAUUACCAGUUUUAUAAUGUACUGCGCCUUAAAGAACUGAUUGAGAUAGAAAGCAAGUCAAAGGAACUUAUUUUAUGUAACAUCCUUAUAUUCCACCUUUUUCGUGCGGGAGAUAUUUUGCUUGUCAAGCGUAUAUUGAAGGAUAUGGAAGAUAGAGAUAUCACUCUUGAUGAAGUUGGUUAUAAUUUUCUUGUUUAUGGAUUUUACAAGUGCCAAAAUGUAAAAAUGGCAGUUGAGACACUGAACAUCCUUCUUGCCAAAGGCCUAAGACCGAGCACUCGUAGCCUCAGAAUAAUGAUCUCUCACUUUUGUCGUCAGGGCAAUAUCAACAAAGCAUUAGAGCUCUAUAAUAUGAUAGAAAGGAAUAACUGGAAUCAUGGCAUAGUCAUCGAGAACACCAUUGCUCUUAGUCUUCUUUCAAUUGGUAGACUUUGUGAAGCUGAACUUCUUUUGGAUCGAAUAAAUGGGCGAGAAGUUGCUCCUGCCCAGGUUAACUAUGAUCUCCUGAUUAAAGAAUUCUGUGUAAAAGGAGGCAUGAAUAAGGCUGUCGAUUUGCUAAACAAAAUGCUAAAGAAAGGAAAUCUCCCUAGCGAAAUCAGUUAUAGUUCAAUCAUACAGAUGCUAUGUAUCUAUAAAGAAUUUGAUCGGGCACAAGAUUUUUUUGCUGAGAUGCAGUACAAUAACCUUAAACCAAGUAAGGAGUCUUGCGAUGCCCUUAUUUGUGGCCUUUGUGAUUCUGGGAGAGUAGAUGAAGCUAAGGGACUUUUAGAAACUAUGCUACAGAUUGGUGUAAUUCCAACUCACACCAUGUAUAAUUAUGUUAUUGAUAAAUAUCAUGUCAAUAAUAAUUUAAACAAGGCAGCAGAGCUUCUGGAUGAAAUGCAGCGUGCCGGGUAUUCUCCUAAUUUUGAGACCCAUUGGUCUAUUAUAAGCAAUUUAAGCAGUAACAGUAAUAAGAAGAAGAUUGGUGAAAGCGGCGGAAGCCUUUUGUCUAGCCUUCUUUUUGGGGCUGGCCUCAAAGAGAAGAAUAAUGAGGAUACAAGUUCUUCUAGAUUCAAAUAUGCAUCUUUUUUUUCUACCCGAGUUUCUUGCUGA